AUGCUCUCAUCGGCUGGACACGCUCUUCGUCGUGGAUUCACCACUUCCGCAGCUCUUUCCAACAAAGACGCCUUCAUUGUUGGAGCCGCCCGUACUCCAAUCGGAUCGUUCCGCUCAUCGCUUGCAUCAGUUACUGCACCAGAACUUGCAUCCGUCGCGAUCAAAGCAGCAUUAGAACGUGGAGCAGUAAAACCAAGUUCCAUCCAAGAGGUGUUUCUCGGACAAGUUUGUCAAGCAAAUGUUGGGCAAGCACCAGCUCGUCAAGCCGCUCUAGGAGCUGGACUCGAUCUUUCUGUGGCCGUUACUACUGUCAACAAAGUAUGUUCUUCUGGAUUGAAGGCUAUCAUUCUGGCCGCUCAGCAAAUCCAAACAGGACAUCAAGAUUUGGCUAUCGGAGGAGGAAUGGAAAGCAUGUCUCAAGUUCCAUUUUACGUUCCACGAGGAGAAGUUCCAUAUGGUGGAUUCCAAGUUAUUGACGGAAUCGUAAAAGAUGGACUCACUGAUGCAUACGACAAAAUCCAUAUGGGUAACUGCGGAGAGAAAACAUCGAAAGAAAUGGGAAUCACUCGAAAAGACCAAGACGAGUAUGCCAUUAACAGCUACAAAAAGUCUGCUCAAGCAUGGGAGAACGGAAACAUCGGCCCAGAAGUGGUGCCAGUAAAUGUGAAAUCAAAGAAGGGAGUUACAAUUGUUGACAGAGACGAAGAGUUCACGAAAGUAAACUUUGACAAGUUCACUUCUCUCCGCACUGUUUUCCAGAAAGAUGGAACAAUUACUGCUGCGAAUGCUUCAACGUUGAAUGAUGGAGCUGCUGCUGUUAUUGUCGCUUCUCAGGAAGCUGUCUCCGCUCAGAACCUGAAACCUCUGGCGCGUAUUCUCUCCUAUGGAGAUGCUGCAACGCAUCCACUCGAUUUCGCAGUAGCUCCAACAAUGAUGUUCCCGAAAAUCCUCGAGAGAGCUGGAGUAAAGCAGUCAGAUGUUGCUCAAUGGGAAGUAAACGAAGCCUUCUCAUGUGUGCCUCUUGCAUUCAUCAAGAAGCUUGGAAUUGAUGCAUCCCUGGUGAACCCACACGGAGGAGCUGUUUCAAUUGGUCACCCCAUCGGUAUGUCCGGAGCCCGCCUCAUCACUCAUCUUGUUCACACUCUUAAGAGCGGCCAAAUUGGAGUGGCUGCCAUUUGCAACGGAGGAGGAGGCUCCAGCGGAAUGAUAGACUCAAAUAACAUGUCCGACAAGAAGGUCUUCAUCCUGAGCGGUGCUCGUACCCCGAUUGCAUCUUUCCGAGGAUCAUAUGCUAAUUUCGGUGCAGUAGAGCUUGGAGCCGUUGCUGCAAAAUCUGCUAUCGAGAGAUCUGGUGUUGCUCCUGAGAAAAUUGAGGAAGUAAUCGGAGGAUGUGUUCUUCAAGCCGGUCUCGGUCAGAACGUUACUCGACAAAUCGCUCUUUCUGCUGGCCUCCCCGUCACAACUCAAGCUGUCACUGUCAACAAAGUAUGCUCUUCCUCAAUGAAAGCAUUAGUAACUGCAGCUGUAGAGAUCAAAGCGGGAUAUUAUGACGCGAUUCUAGUAGUUGGAACCGAAAACAUGAGCCAAGUUCCAUUCUAUUUGCCUCGUGGAGAGAUUCCAUUCGGAGGUAUCACCACCACCGAUGGAAUUGCUAAGGAUGGUCUAGAAGAUAUCAAAGAAAAAGGUCCAAUGGGAUUGUGUGCGGAGAAAACAGUUAAGGAUUACGGAAUAACAAGAGAAGAACAAGAUGCUUAUGCAAUUGAAAGCUACAAAAAGGCAUCAAAUGCUUGGAGUACUGGAAAGUUUUCAGAAGAAGUUGUUCCAGUGGUUAUUAAGACUGCCCGAUCAGAAGUUGUUGUUUCAGAAGAUGAGGAAUACAAGAAGCUUAUUGAAUCAAAAGUAUCCUCUCUGAGACCAGUUUUCAUCCGUGAUGGAUCAGGAACCAUCACAGCUGCCAACGCAUCUUCUCUGAACGAUGGAGCUGUUGCUGCUGUUGUCGUCGGAGAGGCUUCACUUCCAUCUGGAGCUAAACCAUUGGCCGAACUCGUUGCUUUUGCCGAGGCUGGUAGAGCUCCAAUCGAUUUCACCGUUGCUCCAGUCGAUGCUGUCCGCAGUCUUCUCAAAAAAAGUGGUCUCCAAGUUUCUGAUAUCUCACUGUGGGAACUGAAUGAGGCCUUCGCAGUCACUGUACUCGCGUUCAUCAAGGAGUUGAACAUUGAUCCAUCGAUUGUGAAUGUCAAGGGUGGCGCUGUGGCAAUUGGACAUCCAUUGGGAAUGUCGGGACUUCGGAUUGUCAACUCUCUUGCCUAUUCCUUGGCUCCAGGACAACUGGGUGUAGCUGCCAUUUGCAACGGAGGAGGAGAAGCAACAGCCGUGCUAAUCAAAAAAUUGUGA